GUGGCUAGUUUGGUUGGCUCUGGGUGGCCACUGUGGCCAGUUUCUGACCAGAUUGGUUCAGGGCUUUGGUGCUGCAGGCUCAUGGCGCAUAAAACUGAUAAAAGCGUUCUGUACUUAGGUCGACCGAAUAAAAGAGCUUUUCACCGCACUGUAUCAGUAGGUGAUUCACUUUAUGUGUGGGGUGGUGAUCAGGCUGGUUUACCUCAAGUACAUGAUAGCGAAAAGAAGAGAAUAAUCACUAGUAAUAUACAACAUUUUACUCCUUCAACUGGUCAAUGGAUCACUAGAAGUACUACUGGUACUCCUCCAUUAGGAGUGAAAGCAUGCUGCUGUGCUGCAAUAAAAGAUCGAUUGUAUUAUUUCGGGGGAUGGUGUGGCCAUGACAGCUGCUAUCACAACAGUAUUACACAACUGGAUACUGUUAGUCUUCAAUGGAGAGAAUUAGAACCAACUGAUGCAACUAGACCAGUUAUGAGGAGAGGUCAUGGUGGAAUGAUAUCAUUUGAACAUGAUGGAGUACACCAUUUACUAAUUUUAGGAGGAAUAGGAUCUAAACCAGCUGUACGGCUACCUCAUAAUAAAUAUAUUGAAUUAUAUAGUGGAAGAUGGCGUACUAAUGAGCACUCAAUAUAUAAUAUAUCAUCAAGAGAAUGGAGUAAUCCUUCAAUCAUUGGUCAGUGUAUACCACCUGCUAAUGCCUUCAUCAUUGAAAAGAUCAACAACACUAGAGCUGUUCUGUUUGGUGGAGCAGAGACUGAUGAUGCUAAGAGUUCUAUUACUAGCAAUAAUUAUAUAUUAGAGAUAUCAAUCAGCACUGUGUUCUGGCAGUGUAUAAAGAAACCUGAAGCAAUAGACCAAUGGCCUGUGGGUAGAUGGGCUUAUGCAGGUGCUAUUAUUAUAACUGGAUCAGACUGUCCUAUGCUAGUGAUAAGUGGUGGGGAGGAUAAGAAUGAAGAGACAUUAGAUGAUUGUUGGAUCUUUAACAUCACUCAACAUUCCUGGAUAAAGUUAGAUGUACCUCACUCUGUUAGUAAGAGAUGGGGUCAUUCUCUCUCAGUGUUCAUUAUGAGUCCUUAUUGUGUUUGGAUAUUAACUGUUGGAGGAUGUGUUGAUAAGACAGUGACACGGCACGUCACUGAUCCUAACAUUGCUAUGUUAACUGAAUUAGUUCUCAACAUUAAAGGAGAGUGGACAGUAGGUGAUACAUUAGAUACCAAUGGUAUGAAUAAUGAAGAAUACAAGAAGAAGUAUCAGCAGCAACUACGGAUAGGAAGAAGACCAAGGAAAGAAGAUACAGCCAAUAUUGAGCAAACCAUACAAGCUCUUGUAAUGAGUCUUGAAGAGAAGGAGAAAAAACUGCAAGAAAAGGAGAAAGAAGCACAAGUUUUUCAUCAACAAAUGAAGCUGAAGGAAAGAGAAGAAGCAGAGAAAGAUCAAGAAAUAAGAAGAUAUUGUCAUCAGUUACAAAAGAAGGAUAGAGAGGAGGCAGAGAAAGAAAAGAGGCAUCAUCAGCAGCUUUUACGAGAGAAGGUGAGAAAUGAGGGACUGAUUUUACUAAAAACUCAAGAAAUACAACAAUACUGUAAUCAGUUACAAGAGAAGGAGCAAGAAAUAGUAAGUUAUUGCAAUCUAAUACAAGAGAGGGAGAAAGAGAAGGCAGAGAUGGAACAAAGAUACUAUUGGCAGCUACAAGAAAGUGAGAGAAAGAAUUCUUUGAAAGGUGAAGAAAUGCAAAGAUACCAUCAUCAGUUACGGGAAAAAGAGCAAGAAAUACAAAAAUAUAUUUAUCAAUUGCAAGAAAAAGAAAGAAAGGAGGUACAGCAAGAUCAAAUAAUACAAAGAUGUUAUCAGCAGUUACAAGAAAAGGCAGUAAAAGAGCAAGUAACACAAAAAUAUUGUGAAAAAUUGAAAGAGGAGGCAGAGAAGGAAAAAAGACAUUGUCAAGAACUACGAGAAAUGGAGGCAGUAAAAGAAAAAGAAAUACAAAAAUAUUGUCAAGAGUUACAAAGGAAAGAAAAAAAGGAGGCAGAGAAAGAGCAUCAGUUACUGGAGGAACAAAGGUUAAAAGAGAAAUAUUUUCAACAGUUGCAGCAGAAAGAAAAGGAGCUUGCAGAAAAGGAGCAAAUGAUACAAAUAUAUUGUCAACAGUUACAAGACAAGGAGAGAGAGGAAGCACAGAGAAAGGAAUAUUAUAGCCAUGAGAUACAAGAGAAAAAGGAGCUAGAAAAGGAGAUCCAAAGGCUUAAUCAACUGUUGCAAAACAAAGACGAGGAACUAAUUGAAAGAGAUCAAAAAUUGAAGGAGCACCUGCAGCAAAUACAACAGUACAAGCAUCUGAAAGAUGUAAACAUUCAAGAGGAAGAAACAAAAGCAGGUCAAGGCAAAGUUCAGAAAAUCAAGUUGCUUCAUUCUUCAGAAGAAGUUAAAGAACUUCAAGAAGAUGUAAAAACUGCUCAAAAGGAAGGUAAUAGCAAAGGAAAUGAAAUGCAUGAAUCAAUUCAAGGUUGUAACAAUGAUUUCAGCACAAUACUUGAUGAAAGAGUUGUUGAAAGUGUAACUGAAGAUGAACUUAAAGGUGUACAUGUUGCUGCAAAAAAUUCAUUUCUUAUUCAUGGUGGAUCUACCCAGUCAGUUAAUUGGGAGGAAUAUGGUAUAAGGAUAACAGUACCACAAGGAGCAGUGCUACCCUCUGAUACUGUUAAAAUAACCAUUGCUGCUCUUGUAGGAGGAGAUUUUAUAUUUCCAGAAGACACUGAGCUUGUUAGUGCAGUAUAUGCUAUAAAUACCUCUAAGCCUUUCAUUGAACCGAUUAAACUGGAGAUACAGCACUGUGUCUCCAUAGAAACAUCUUCUCACUGUAAUUACCUUAGUUUUUCUACUUCAACUAAUAAUCAGCCACCCUACCAGUUUGAUACAGUAGAUGGUGGGGACUUUUUUAUUGGCAACAGAUAUGGUGGUAUCUGCACUGCUACAUUCUCUAAGUAUUGUAUUAAAACAUACUCAGGAAGACGUUAUCAGCCAUAUUCAAUCCCAGGCCCUUCAUCAUCACGUGCAAGAUCACAUACUCUUUCUUCAUCUUUAUCAUCAUCUUUUGAUGGACCAUGUUCAACAUCUUUAUCAUCUUUUAAUGAUGAAUUGCAUUCUUCAAGUUCUUCACUAACUUUUGAAUUGCCACAUACACUUUCAACAAAAAAUGAAAUAACUACACUGGCAGAUAAACCACCUAUUAAGUGUUACCAUAGUCAAGUGGUGUAUCAAAUUAAGAGGCAAGGAAGGGAAUGGUUGAUGAGAUUUCUACUUUCUAAAGAUCUUAAUGCACUAAUAGAGUAUAUUAGAAAAGCAUUCAGAAAUGUUGAAAAAAGUAUUGAAGUAUCUUUCCAGUUUAAGGAUGAAGAUGGAUUCAUUGAGUUAUGCUUUGAUGAUGAAAAAUGUCCCAAAGGAUGGUCAGUUAGACCUCAUCAGGAUCCUACAAGAGUUAGGCAGAUUGUUAUUGAUGAAUAUGGCAGCAUGUCUCCUCCUCGUUUUCCAGAAUGCCUCAUUACAAUCUCAGCCACACCUGGUGAAGGUGCAGUUAAGGAAUUAAGUUAUCCUGUCACAUUACAAGGAAUUAAAAAAUCUAAUUUUGAAAAAAUAAACAUUGUAUUAACAAUGGGUGACAUCCAGCAGGCAUCUGCAGGCACUAUUGCUUCAAACUUAGGGCAAAUUUUUUCAGAUGAUGAGGAGAGCAAAUCAGUUGGAGAAGUUCUACGAGAAAACUUUGAUACACUUUCUGACAUCCUGGCAGCUCCAAAUAAUCUUUCAGCGAUCAUCAUGAGCUUAUAUGCAAAAAAGCUAAUUUCUGAUACUACUGCAACUGAGUGUAUGAAUGAUGGUAGACCAGUACAUGAUAGAUGUGCUUCAUUACUGUUUGCUCUUAAAGCUACCAUUGAUGGGAAACCUCAGGCAAUGAAUACUUUAAUUGAAGUAUUGAAAAAUAAUGAAGCGUUUAAAGAAAUUGCUGAUAAAAUGGACUUGGAAGUAUCAUACCGCAAUUAUACAAACCCUUAGAGAUUUAGUUGCAGCUUGAUUAAUAAUACUGUUUGUAUUUUUCAAUAGUUUUUGUGAUUUUAAUUUUUUAAUGUCUUUUUGAGUAAAAGGAAGUAAGUA